AUGUCUGAAGUGCUGAAAUAUUCGCUACAUGACUUUGAACAAGUCGAUGAUGAAUAUAAAGAUUAUAACAACCGCCUAGUCCAAUCUGUCAGCAAAAUAGGUUUGCUUCUUGUGGCUCUUGUAUGGGGAUCGUUUUUACUGAUCAAUACAUUGCCAUUAAAGGGUGAACUUACUGCUAGGUUCCGAGGUACGCCUAGUUACAAAGCAGUAGCUUCAAAUGGACUAUUUAAGGUCACUUAUGAGGCCGUUAGAAAUGGAACUUUUGCUCCAACAUACCAGGAAAUAAACUGGGUUAAAUCAGAAGACCAAGUUUUCAAUGACAAAGGACUAUUCAUAACUUACAUUGAUGACGCAUACACUUUAAAGUCUGCGUUUGAUGAAUCAUUUGCCAGAGUUUUAAGCAAUGGAAAUGCCUUUACAUAUAAGGAGAAUAAUUAUACCAUCGAGGAUUUUUCAAAUGCACCGAACUUGGUGCGCAGCAUCGUUGUUACGAAUAAGGUUAAAAAUUGGAGACACUCCAGUUUUGGUUCUUAUUAUAUAUUAGACGUUGCUGGUAAUGUGAAUUUCAUUGGCGAUGACAUAUCUCUUGCGGUUUGGUCGCCAGAUUCUGAACGCAUUGCAUACGUUAAGGACAACAAUGUAUAUUUAUACACGGUGGAAGACGGGCAGGUAAAGGCCGUUACUUCCGAUGGAAGCGAAGAAAUAUUUAAUGGUAGACCUGAUUGGGUUUAUGAAGAAGAAAUCUUCGGUAAUUCUAUUGCAUUAUGGUGGUCUCCCAAAGGAGAUUAUAUUUCGUUCCUCAAAAGCGAUGAAUCGAGUGUGGAGACGUACCCUAUUAACCUUUAUAAAAAAGGUGAUGCUGGUCAAUACCCUGAGACAAUCAAUAUUAAGUACCCGAAGAGUGGUAAUAACAUCCCUGUAUCGAGUUUAUGUUUUUACGAAGUUGCUACUGGUACAACGAAACAGAUGUCAUUCGACAAUGACACUUCGAUAGUACUCGAAGUAAAAUGGGUUAGUGACCGCGAUUUCCUCGUUAAAUCCGUGGAUCGUACCUCAGCUAACCUAUCGAUGAUCAUUCAAGAUGUUUCAGAAGAUGUUUUUACCACUCCGCGUAGGCUCAACCUAGGAAGUUAUUCCUCGUGGGAUCCAAACUCCUAUGUCAUGCGUAUUCCUAAGGAUCCAAAAAGAUCCAGAAAAUACGAUGGCUAUGUUGAUGUCACAACUGUGAAUGGCCGUGACCAUUUGGUUUACUAUUCUCCUGUCCGCAGCCCGACUCCUCUGUUGUUAACCAAUGGUGACUGGGAUGUCACUUCGGGUCCAAUUGGCUUUGAUCCAGAUUUGAAUAGAGUAUAUUUUAUUUCAACCAAAAAGUCAUCCGUUGAGCGGCAUUUGUACUAUGUCCAAUUGGAUAACCCAUUGGAAGUGAAGGAAGUCACAGAUACGUCUAAGGAUGGGGUCUACUCCGCAAAAUUCUCUGCUGGAGGUCGCUUUGCUCUAUUAACAUACUUAGGGCCGAAUGUUCCAUACCAAAAGCUAAUAGACUUACGUUCUAAUCCAGAUGACACUGUCACGGGUAACGUAAUUGGUGAGACUUUAUACUAUCUCAAGGAGAACAAAGCUGUUGCUGCAAACUUACAAAGAUAUAGCAUCUCCUACCCAAAAUUCCAUGAGUUGGACCUUGGUGAGGACGAACAUGGACGCAAGAUUACUGUGAACUCAUAUGAGUGUUUACCCCCUGAUUUCGACCCCUCUUUGAAGAACCACUAUCCAGUAUUCUUUUACACUUAUGGUGGACCCGGAUCACAAACCGCAAUAAAAACAUUUUCUGUUAGCUUCCACCAGGUAGUAGCUGCAAGAUUAAAUGCAAUAAUAGUCGUGGUAGACGGUCGUGGAACUGGCUUUAAAGGCGACGACUUCUCCACCGUGAUUUAUGAAAGAUUGGGUGAUUACGAAGCUCGCGACCAAAUAGCCGCUGCCAAGCUAUACGCUGGAAUGCCUUAUGUUGACAAAUCUAAGAUAUCCAUAUGGGGCUGGUCAUACGGAGGCUACUUGACCUUGAAGACCUUGGAAAAAGACGCAGGAAACACCUUUAACUACGGCAUGGCCGUAGCUCCGGUUACUGAUUGGCGUCUCUACAAUUCCAUAUACACCGAACGCUACAUGAACCUACCACAAAAGAACCCACUCGGAUACGAAAUCUCCAAAGUCCACAACAUGACGGCACUAGCCAACGUGACACGCUUCCUAUUAGUCCAUGGUACAGCAGACGACAACGUCCACAUUCAACACACUUUAAAUCUUAUCGACGAUUUAACGGUUGCUGGGGUGCGAAACUACGACACGCUUUUCUUUACGGACUCAAGUCAUUCAAUAAAAUUCCAUAACGCAAAUAGUGUACUAUUUGACCGACUCUUGGAUUGGAUGGAAAAGGCUUACCGUGGUAAUUAUCUCAUCAGAUAA